UCUCUCUCUCUCUCUCUCUCUCUCUCUCACUUCAUCCCCUCUUUCUGUUGGUAAAAACAGAUUCAAUCUUGGAAAGUGAAAAUCGCCUCUUCCUCACCCCCUCUAUUCUCUCUAUUGGAUAAAGGAAUAUACGACCAUUCACUCCUCCUUCUAUCUUUCCUGGAAAGCUUUUGUUUCAUCCUUCCCUUCAUUCUUAAUUUUGUUUUUGGGGUUUAAAUAUUUUCCUCUCUUGUAGACCUUCUGUUUGAUGAGGUUGUCUCUUUUUUCCUUUGUACUUUUUAUGAGCCAAGGAUUGAUUGCAUAGAAUAGCAAGAGUCUCAAGAAGAAGUGGGAGGAAGAGGAGAAACCAAUACUGUAAUACGUUUUUCUUCUUAUUUAUUCUCCUCUUGUUGUUCUUUCACCCCUUGGUUGCCUAAACCAUCCAUCCCUAUCCCAGUCUUGUUCUCUGUGUCUUUCUCUGCCCAACUGGUAGCAUGUCUACCCCGGUCUCUCCAUCUCCAUCUCUGUCUCCCCUGGCCCUGUCCUCCCCAUCUCCAUCCUCCUCUCCGCUCCCCUCUCCUCUAUCUCCUCCCCCCAGGCUGCCAGUCUUCCAAAGGAAGGGAGCUCUCAAACACAAGAGGAUCGUUGAAGUGAAGGACCACCAGUUCACUGCCCGAUUCUUCAAGCAGCCCACUUUCUGCAGCCACUGCACUGACUUCAUCUGGGGAAUUGGAAAGCAAGGAUUCCAGUGUCAAGUCUGCAGUUUUGUGGUGCACAAACGCUGCCAUGAGUUUGUAACUUUUACUUGUCCUGGAGCCAUCACCACUCCCAAAGCAGAGGAUCUCAAAAGCAAGCACAAGUUUAAAGUACAGACAUACUCUAGUCCCACCUUCUGUGAUCACUGUGGAUCUCUGCUCUAUGGCCUCAUACAUCAAGGCAUGAAAUGUUCCAGUUGUGACAUUAAUGUACACAAGCGCUGUGAGAGCAGUGUCCCCAGCUUGUGCGGACAGGACCACACUGAGAAAAGGGGACGGAUUCGUCUCACCGUGCGUGGAGAGAAGGAAGACCUAUUUGUCACAGUUCAUGAGGCACAUAACCUGAUACCCAUGGACCCUAACGGCCUGUCGGACCCUUAUGUGAAGCUCAAACUCAUCCCUGAUCCAAAGAGCCAGAGCAAACAGAAAACCAAAACUAUCCGUUCUACACUCAACCCCAUCUGGAACGAGAGCUUCACCUUUUCAGUUCGUGGGAGGCAGUGGGACAGGCGUUUGUCUGUAGAGGUCUGGGACUGGGAUCGGACCUCAAGGAAUGAUUUCAUGGGCGCUCUGUCGUUUGGUGUUACUGAGAUAUUCAGACGUUCCGUCAGCGGCUGGUUCAAACUUCUCAACCAGGAUGAGGGAGAGUAUUAUAACAUCCCUGUACCCGACCCAGACCUGCAGGUACCAGAGGCUGCUAUCGAACCCUCUAUCCCUCCUCCUCAUGUUAACAUAACACCUAUUCCUUCUGUGACCCCACCCGCUUCAAGCCCGACCCCCGCUGUACUGCACAAGGGCAAUGGCCAAAUCAGACUGCACGAUUUCAACUUCCUCAUGGUUCUGGGCAAAGGGAGUUUUGGCAAGGUUUUGUUGGCAGAGGAGAGGGGCAGCGAGCGCUUGUUUGCGGUGAAGGUGUUGAAGAAAGAUGUGUUGUUUCAGGAUGAGGACACGGAGAGCGCCAUGGUUGAGAGAAGAGUGCUGGGCCUCGCGGGGCGACCUCACUUUCUGACCGCCCUCUACUGCGCCUUUCAGACCGAGGAUCGUCUGUAUUACGUCAUGGAGUAUGUGAAUGGAGGUGAUCUUAUGUUUCACAUCCAAAUUGUUGGCAAGUUUAAAGAACCACAUGCAGCGUUCUAUGCAGCUGAGAUAGCGCUGGGUCUGUUCUUCCUGCACAACAAAGGAAUCAUAUACAGAGAUCUAAAGCUGGACAAUGUCCUGCUGGACAGUGAAGGACACAUAAAGAUAGCAGACUUUGGGAUGUGUAGGGAAGGCAUGAUGGCAGGGGACACCACUCGCACCUUCUGUGGCACACCCGAUUACAUCGCACCCGAGAUUGUGGCGUAUCAGCCGUAUGGUAAAGCAGUGGACUGGUGGUCAUAUGGAGUCCUCCUUUAUGAGAUGCUGGCCGGGCAGCCUCCUUUUGAUGGCAUAGAUGAGGAGGAGCUGUUUCAGUCCAUCAUGGAACAGAGCGUUUCAUAUCCUAAGAGUCUCUCUCGGGAGGCUGUGGCCAUCUGCAAAGGGCUCCUCACCAAGAACCCUGUUAAGCGUUUGGGUGGAGGAGAGGAAGCAGAGAGAGAGCUGCGGGAGCAUCCCUUUUUCCGCUGGAUAGACUGGGAUCGGCUGGAGAGACUGGAGAUACAGCCUCCCUUCAAACCCAGAAGUGGAGGCAAAAAUGGAGAAAACUUUGAUAAGUUUUUCACAUCCGCCCCCUCUGCCCUCACGCCCUCUGACCCGGAUGUUCUCGCUGCCAUAACUCAAGAGGAAUUCCAAGGCUUCACCUACAUGAACCCGGAAUUUCCCCCCUCACCCCUCACAGCUGUCUGAGAAAACCUCGAUCGAUCCUCAUCAACCGUCUUGUGACUUUUAUUCUGCUCCUGGUCAUGAUUUAAACUACAGUGACAAAAAACAUUGGCUUUAGCUUGCUUACCAUAGGAGUCUGUCUCAAUUAGACCAAACAUCUCCUUCCAAAACAACACCACAAUGAUUUUAAAUGAUCUUUACAGUAAAAAACUAAGCAAUAAUAAUAUUUAGCCGGUCCACUCUGAGAGUAUUAUUUGUCUGAAUUAUUUAAGGGUCAUGCAUUCAUGCCAUUAUCUCAUUGGACAAUAUAGGAUCUUAUUGGAUAUCCUUUUGGAUGCUAGUAGUUGCCAUGACCUAAUUAUAACUGACUGCACCAUAGAAACCAGCAUGAACAUGAUUGCCCCCAUGUUUUAAAGUUCACUUCAAGCUGAUUAUUUCAUCUCAGAUCAAACUCAGUCUUUGUGUGAGAUCCUGUUCGCUCUGGUUUGGUUUAGUUAACAAAAUAAGCGUAGACAGGUGAGCAAACACUGGUCAUCCUUUUAGCAUCAGACAACUGGUAUAGAAGCUCAGUAAUAUGAUUUAGAAGACACACACAUGACAGCUAGAUGCAAAAAAAUUAAUAAUGCUUCAGCAUACUACUUGUAACAUGAAUGUUAGAGCAUAUGUAUAUGUAGAUGCAUCAGAAUUCAGUCCAAAUAUGAGAGAGAUUAUAAAUGUUUGCAUCAUCUAAGUAUUAUACAAAAAUAAGUUAUCGGGAUCCAAACAAAUGACUUUAUGAAAAAAUGCUAAUUUAGAUAUUUAUGAUUUAUUCCAUAUAUCUAUAUGCAUAUCUAUAUAAAGUAUGUGCAGUGUAUUAUAAAGUAUAUGUUAAUGUUUAUUCAGAAUAAAUAUAAUAGAAAUUUUCUACGAACAUAUCAUCAGCAUUUUUACAUCAGCAGAAAAUGAAACAAUUUACAUCUCAUCAUAAUAUUUUGCAACCUCUAGUGUCAAGAAAAAGCAACCCCAACUGUUAUCAACCAAAUAUUUUAUGUAUUUACAGUGCUCACAUAUUACGUAUUAUAUUGCUAAAUUGGUCUCAAAUAAGCCUUUGAAAUCUCAAGUUUAUGGAUGAAUUAAUUGGUGUUGAGUGUUUAUUUGUUUGAAGCUGGUACUAUAUAAAUAUGAGGUCUCAGAGAUCAGCAUGAACUAGUCUUGCAUAGUGAAAUUCAUGAUGUCUGACCUGGAAAGACCUGAGUCUGCACACUGUGCCCAAACUGCCCCACUAAUACAACUUGAACAUUGCAUUGACGACAAAAUGCUAAGACGUCGGAAAGACAGGAUAGGAGGAGUGACAG